CACUUUAAAAAUAAACGUUUUUCUAUCAUCUCUCAAACCAAACCACUGAAAACGAUGUAGUUCAUAUGCCAAGCCAGUAAGUGGCGCUGUAACGCUGCACAGGAAAUGCACUAAAGACAGAAGAAGAGUACAGAGCAUGUGUAUAAAGGUUGUUUUGGCGCCAUAAAAGAGUUCCUCUGUGUGUCACAUGAUCGUUUCCAGAGAUGCAGAUAGACAUCCACACGGAGCUGAAAUGGUCGUCGUUUGAAACGCCGAUACGACGAAAAACUUUAGCGUUUCCUCCUGGAUUAGUUUCCGUGGUGACGGGUUGAUACCGCCUUCAGACAGACUUUACAGCGGGGAGUGGUUUACUCUUCAUCUGAAACUGUGAAGUCGUACCAAUUCAACACGACUGACUCGCUCUUGUCCUAUUUAACCACCAAAUUAUCGCCUUCUUUAGCAAACGCCACGUUUGUUUACACACGAUAGAGAGGAAAAUCGAUUUUAAUUUUUUUACAUGGUCAUAAUUAAAUAAUCUGACUACGAUAUAAAAUCGGUUGUUCGUUCAGCCCUAAUUCACCUAAAUCCUUCAGAGUCCAAACCUCGUGUUGUUUCCUCCGUCUGUCAUUUUCGAUCGUCUCUAUCUGAUCAGAUCGCAGCUGCAGAAAUCAGAUCGUGUUUUUCGACCCCAGCGCUCCCAACACUCUCAUUCCUAACCGCAGUAAACACAGAGAUUUUUGGGUUCUCUGGUUGUUUUUGGGGUUUGGACCAGAACUCUGGAUUUGCACUUUGAGCAGCCGGGUCUAAUAGAUCUAGAUCUAGUAUGACAGUAGUCCUCGUAGUGAAGUGAGUCUGACAUCUGCAGCCUCGUGUCAGGAUCACGUUUGUGUCCCACCUUUGCAUGUGUCUCAGUUUCUGUGUGUGUCCAGCCCCAUAGCGAGACCCUGUGUGUGUUUGUCUGUGUGUGUGUCUGUGUGUGUGUCUGUUCUUCUGUGGGGUUGGUGUCCGUGUCCUCUGCAGGGUGUAUUAGUGGGUGUGAGUUUCCUUUCCCUGUCUCCUCCCCCGGAGCCCCUCCCCUCCCUGAUGACUUGUGUGUGGUGUUUGUAGUGGAACUGGACAAAGGACCCUACGGACUGGGAAUGGGACUCAUAGACGGCCUGGUGAGUGGAUUCAAGUCCAACAUUUGACCUUUCCUGUGAGCGUGGUCAUAUGUUUUAUUUCUAUAAGCUGAGAGUGUUCAAACUAAAGAGACACAGAUCUGAUCCCAGAGCUCUGAACUCUGUAAACACACAACCUUAAAGGGAUGUAAAGUUAAGUUAUGGUCAAACACACUGAAACACCGAGUUAGACACCGACCGCUUGCUUCUCUAGUUAUACCAACUUUAGUAACGACCGCAGGAUAGUAAUACAGAGAGCCACGCCCCCAACCAAAACGCCACUCUAUAGCCACAAAUAAUGCUCAGAACAGCUUUUUUUCUCCACCUCUGUAGUCUAUAAGCUGGGCCAAUAAACUUCUACUGUAGUAAAAUGAAAAGGUAAAGGUGUUUUUAUUGAGCCGAAUUAUCAAUAAAAUCAUGAUUUUGUUAACAGGUAUGGAUAUAUGUGCUGUCGAGUUAGUAUAUUUGAACAAGAGCACAGUAAAGUUAAAUCAGCUAAUUAUCCAAUGAGGUUCUGUUACUGAAUGGAACUACACCAUGUUCUACUCAGGUUAUUACAUAUAGGGUCACAGCCAUAGUACUAGACACCAAACAUCUUUUUAACUUUGACUCAUUUCUUUAGCAAAGAGACUAAACACAACUCACCUACUCUCUUCCAGCAGCCGCUUGUUUGUGAGAGAGCCCUGACGAGUCGAUCACCGAGUGCAGCAGAGUUUCGCAGCUCAAGGAAGAACAUUUAUGAUUAUUUCUUCAUGGAAAUACAAUCAGACCGAGACACUAAGACGGAAGAACUACCGCGUCUGCAGUAAAAAUGAUAAUUCUGAUAAUUAUUACUUCAAGGAAAUGAUCCGCUGCACUCGGUGAUCGACCCCCACAGACAAGCGUCUGCUGGAAGAGAGUAGGUGAGUUGUGUUUAGUCUCUUUGCUAAAGUUAAAAAGAUGUUUGGUGUCUAGUACUAUGGCUGUGACCCUAUAUUUACUAAACUCAGUAGAACAUGGUGCAGUUCCGUUCAUUAACAGAACCUCAUUGGAAAAUUAGCUGAUUUAACUUUACUGUGCUCUUGUUCAAAUAUAUUAACUCAACAGCACAUAUAUCCAUACCUGUUAACAAAAUCAUGAUUUUAUUGAUAAUUCGGCUCAAUAAAAACACCUUGACCUUUUCAUUUAAUACAGUAGAAGUUUAUUGGCUCAGCUUACAGACUACAGAAGUGGAGAAAAAAGGUAAGAGUCAUUACUGAAUCUAAGGCUAUGAAGUCAUUUCAGACAGAAGCAGCAGAAGUGGUGACCUGCUCUCUUUCAUAAUGACAUUAAACAAAGGAGACGAUUGAUCACACAGGGAUCUGUUCUUAUUGGACCAAUGAGGUUGAACUAAAUGAUUGAUUACUUUUAGGGGUGAAAAAAGGAAGUGAAGAUAACUUUGAGAAGUCCUGAGUUUUAAUCUCACCUGAAUAUUUCCUGUGGAUCCGGGUUCAAACUGUUGUCAGAUCAUCUCAGGUGGACCUGCAGGUGUUCUAGUGAUGGUUUCUCCCUCACUCUUGCAGCACACUCCUCUCAACGCUCCGGGGAUCUACAUCCGGACUCUGAUCCCCGACGGACCUGCUGCCUCUGACGGCAGGCUGAGGAUCGGAGACCGCAUCUUGGCCGUGAACGGGACCAGCCUGAUCGGAGCGGACUACCAGAGGUACUGGCGAUAUUUGAGAGCGUAACAAGAGACGGGAGGGAGAUUAAUGAUGCUAUUGGACGAUAGUGACGUUGAUUACAGAGUGAGCAGUCGUCCCACGAUGUUAACCAUCCUCCUGGCUGUCAGCCUCGAAAACCAAUUGAUUACUUUGAUUGAUCGGAGCGAGCUCAGACAGUGACGCGUCUUCAUCCUCACUCUGUCUCUGCUGAGCUUCAUGUAACCCAACUCUCCCUCUCUCUCCUCUUCCUCCUCCUCCUCCUCCUCGCAGUGCGGUGGAUCUGAUUCGACUCGGAGGAGGCCGCCUUCGUUUCCUGGUGGCCAAGUCUGACCCUGAAGUCUCAGAGAAGAUCAGCGCCUCCUCCUGCUGACCUCCUUCAUGACGCGCACAACACACGCAGAGUACUGGAGGGGAAGGACAGCAGGACGGCGAGAUGUGUGUGUGCACACAAACACACACAUACACACACACACACACACACACAGACGGGUCAUGAAAUAUGAAUGUGAAACCCAGCGACAGCACAAAGCUAAGCAAUCAAACUGGAGGUGACGCUCCACGACUCCUCUCCAGCUGCCAGACCUGCUCCCCUCACACGGACUCCUCCUGGGCGUGUGUGACAGACAGAAUCGGUAACCCACGGCGACAUCAAAGGAAUGUGACGCCAGGAGAAGUCGCCUAAUUAAUCAGCGAGCUCUACCCGGCCAGUACGCAGUUCUCUGUGGUUUGAAGCACAGUAGACGGUCACCCCUGAGGUGGAUGGAGAACCUGCACACUCGGGACUUUUUCCAAACCCUUUUUAAAGACGAGAGGAACUGAGAAUGUAACCGCCGACUCUCAGAGCAUUUGCAGUGAAACGCCGUAGUGAUCCUCCGUUUUCUAAACCUGUCUGACAGCAUGACCUCCGUCUGCUCUCCACGCCUCUGUACGAAUGUCGACUUUUGUACCGCGGAGGAAUCGAACUCCAGAAUGUGAACCCACACAGCUCGGCUCUGCCAUCUCACACACUCCGCCUCAUCUCGGUGGAGCAGCUGAACUUUCACGCCAUCCCUCCCCAGGAGAGGCGGGACUUUAUUUAUUGAUGGUCAGAGUCUCUGCUGCUCCACCCCCGUGUGUACAAACCCUCUUUUUCUCCUUAUUCUGUAUCCGUCUGCUUAUCGGGUGUAAAUAGUUUGUUUUUGUAAAUAUUGAACAAACUGUUGGACGUUCAGAAGAGAGACGACGUUCUGGGGAACCAAUCAGAGCUUUGGAUGGUGAGAAGGAAACGCUCGUGUCUGUAAUGAGAAUUAUUUAUUUUGUUUUCUUAAUUAUAUCUCAUUGUUUUCAGCCCCGUCAGUACGAUCCAACAUGUGCACUUUAGAUUAGCGCUCACACUGGAGCCGAGCUGCACUUUCGCUCCAGUGACCCAGAAUCCCAAAUGUGACUCAGAUUACAGGAACUGUUGAACGUUUUGACUCUCGUCUAAUUUAAUCUGUUUUUAAUUUCUGGAUCUCCGUUUUUGAUUCAAGCACUGACCAAUCAGAAUCAUGCAUUUACCUGCUCAAGUCUCAGUCCUGAAUAAUCUGCAGGUUUAAAUCACUCUGAGGUCUUUGGAUGAUACCGGCCCAAUCCCAAACCGCCCCCUAAACACUCGCCCUCCGUCUGCACCGGUGCUCACUCAUGACGGGAUUUAGAGUUAGUGCGCCAUCAAAAAUGGAGGAGGAGGAAACAGCAUAAAAAUCUAAGUUCGGUUUGUGUCCACAUUUGUCUUGACGAUGUUUGGAAAGAACAAACGGAAGUAGGAGCUGAGGUUUGAUUUGAUUGGUCAGAAACAUGUCCAACAGUAAAGGAGUUCAAAGACGUGGAAUCACUAACAAUCAGAAGUUUAAUUUCGCUCCUCUCACCGUGAUGCUUCCUGGAUUUAUUACUAAGAAGAUAAACGCUGCCGUGCACAGGACGCGUCUUUGUGUUGCUAUGGCGAUGAAUCUUUCCAUUUUCCGGUGGAGUGAGGAAUUGAGUCGAUUCAGUCGCGCUCCACAGCUGCGAGUGAAACUUCAUAACGAGUGACACUCGGUAGUGACGGGCGAGUGUGUCGGGGCGGUUUGGGAUCAGGUCACAGAGUCGCAGCACUGAACCUCCAGGACGCUGCUGAUGGUCUUUCUUUGACCUCUGUUGUUUUGGAGGUGAGACAGACGUCCCAAAGUCCAAAAGUCCAGAUCUCACACGCUUUUACACCAUCAGCUGUGUCGACUCGAGUCUUUUAAGACAGCCGGGGUCACUGAAGUUUAAAAAGAAGAAAAGUCAUGAUUAGUUUUCUGCAGCGUGGUCCUCCGCUCUGACCUCAGAUCCUCAGAGUUCAGGAGGUGUGACCUUUGACCCCUGCACAGCUGCAGGUCUCAGUGUUUUAAUGCCUCGCUGUCACACAGGAAACUGAAGGACUGCAGGGUGAAACUCAAAUAAAUUUAAUGUCUGAAUUUUAUAACAGGUUUUUUUUCAGCAGACCCCAGGAUGUAGAAGCUGAUGAAACCCUCAAACUGAAGUUUUCAGAUUUUAACCAAAGUGAUGAACUCACUUCUUCUUGCAGCACUUGAUUGACAGUUGUUCUCCUUUAGCUUUAAUUUGAUGUUUACAAAAAAACAUUUAUUUUUUUUCCCACGGGUUGUUUUCAUCUCCUCUUUUGACUUGAACUUCUGGGCAGUAAGAGUUUCUUGUUGUGCGUCCGGGGGUUUGUAUGACACUGAUCUGAUGCAUGUCUAUUCUUUGCUCUUUAUUUAUGCUGUUGAAACAAGAUGGAACUGAAGAAUAAAGAUUGCUGGAUCCUUGAAUAAAGAAGAAAGGUGGCGUCAAACCCACGAAGGAGAAAGUCCUGUGUGUCCGUCAAUGAGGAAUUU